CUCAGACCCUAUACGGUAUUUCCAUACCAAGGAAUCAGUAAUUAUGAACCUUAGUUCAGGAAAAUUAAAAGUAUUAAUCAGGAAAUUUUUUACACCUAGCAGAAAGAAACAUAUACUUCCAACUCCUAAGUAUCCUAAGAAGGUUUGGCACUUAUCGCCUUCAAUAACUAAAAACUAUGACCUGAGCACUGUGGAUUCCAAGAUUAUUUCCAAGUAUAUUAGAGAUAAAAGGCGAUAUUAGCCCAUUUAUGUAUAUUAUUUUUAAUUUCUGCCAAUCUUACACAUUAUUUUAAAUAUUAUACUAU